AUGCGGCUUCACACGGCCUAUAAGUUUGCGCUGGUCGCGAGCGCCAUGUGCGUCGCCACGUCGGCCAAGUCGGCCGGCUUCAAGGCUUUGAUUAAGAACUUCUUCAGCGACGACGACGCCACGGGGUCCACGGACUCUGCCCAGCAGGCCAAACAGACCAACACGGACGACCGAACUUGUGUGUACGAGUGGUCCUCGCUGAGCUGCAUGCCCGAGGAAAAGUGCUCGCUGCAGUACCAGUUCGGCGACGUGACGCCGUCCCAGGCGUGCCGAGUGUCGAACACGGGCGACCACACCCUCGUACCGCAGCAGUUCCACUUGGCCUUUGCCGGAGAGGAGGCCGGCACCGGCAUGGCCAUCUCCUGGACCACGUUCGCACUGGAGAAGUCUCCUGCCGUCUGGAUCGGCACCAGCAAGGCCAAGGUCACCCUGGUCAAGGACGCCAAGAUCGAGACCAAGACGUACUACAAGGACGAAGACUACGAGCUGUACAACUACCACGCGGUUGUCAGCGGCCUCGAGCCCAACACCGAGUAUUUCUACAAGGUCGGCGGCUCCGCGAAGACGAUGCACCAGAGCGAGGUGAGCUCGUUCAAGACGGCCCGCGCCAGCGGCGACGAGAGUCCGUUCGUUGUGGCCGUGUACGGCGACAUGGGCACCGAGGCCAACUCCGUGGCGGCCAACAAGUACGUGAACGACCUGGUGGGCAAGGUCGACUUUAUCUACCACUUGGGCGACAUUUCGUACGCCGACAACGACUUUCUGACGGCUAAGACCGCGUUCGGCUUUUUCUACGAGGAGAUCUUCAACAAGUUCAUGAACUCGCUGACCAACGUCAUGCGGCACAUGGCCUACAUGGUGGUGGUGGGCAACCACGAGGCCGAGUGCCACUCGCCCACGUGUCUGCUGUCCGAUAGCAAGAAGGACCAGCUCGGCAACUACACGGCCUUCAACGCGCGCUUCCGUAUGCCGUCGCCCGAGAGCGGUGGAACUCUCAAUAUGUGGUACUCGUACGAGUACGGGUCGGUGCACUUCACGACCAUCUCGUCCGAGACGGACUUCCCCAACGCGCCCAGCAACGCGUACUACACUAAGCGCACGUACGGCAACUUCGGCAAUCAGCUCGCGUGGCUCGAGGCCGACCUCAAGGCUGCCCACGCCAACCGUGCGAACGUGCCCUGGAUCGUUGUCGGCAUGCACCGACCCCUGUACACUCUCCGCUCUUGCGACGCCAACGGUGUGCCGAACGACGAGUACGAGUCGCUCAAGGUGCAGAAGGCGUUCGAGAAGCUCUUCAUCAAGUACAAGGUGGAUCUGGUGUACCAGGGCCACGUGCACGCCUACGAGCGACACUACCCGACGGCCAACAGCAAGGCGAUCAUGCACGGCGUGUCCAAGGAUGGCAAGACGUACACGAACCCGAAGGCGCCUGUCCACGUUAUCGCGGGCAUUGCCGGCAACUCGGAGGGUCUGUACCAGUUCAAGAACCCGCCGUCGCCCAAGUGGCUCGCUAUCAUGGACAACAAGCACUACGGCAUCACGACGCUCUCGGUCACGCCGACCAACCUCACCAUCACGAUGAUUGAGGCUUCCACCGGCACGGUGCACGACGAGUUCUCGAUCAUCAAGAAAGCUGCCACUGGAUCGCCGAAGCAAGCUACCACUCAAUCUCAGACUCAAAAGGUGUGA